UGGGAAAGAAAAUUCAAUGAAAAUUCAGGAAAUGCCUUGCUAUGAUGGAAUCUGACGAGCACAACCAGGAGUCAGAGAGGAAUGUCACGGUGGAAAAUUUGAAUAUCGAGAUCUUGCCCAUUAUCUACGAAAUAAUACGCAGUGUUGAGAAAGACCACCACGAUAACACCGCCAAGGCACGAGAGUCGCAAGACUGUUCCCAGAAGGUGCUCGAGUUGCAAAAACGUUUGGACCAAGCCAGAGCCGAGAUCCGGCUAUUGCCCGGGAUUGAGUACAGCAAAGAGCAGCAACUGGACCACUUGGAGGCCCUCAAGACGCAGCUGAAACUCAAGCAAGAGCUCCUGCGCAAAUACCGCUACAUGUACUCGUUUGAAGUCCCCAAAUAACAGCAUGGUGUUUCGCCUCCUGAUCCGCUUGCUUGCAAACAACGAACAGUUGGUGCAAAGACUGAGCGAAUCGUACCCUAUGCGCAAAGCGGCGCAGGUCGUAGUGCGAGCUGUCUACCACGGCAAGAAUCUCAUCGAGGAGCGGGGUCUUGACAAGCGGCUAUCGCCCGAGGAGUUCCGCGCUUUGAUGAAGCGAAUCGCCCAGAAUUUGCAAGGACAGAUCAAGCAAGCCAGUGACGAGUUCAAACACAAAAUGAAAUAGACGCCAUGGCGACCGUGAUUUUCGUCGGCUCCCCGGAGAAAAGUCCGAAAAGUUGCGCCCAAAAAUUCAAGUCGUUGUUCCUCGUGCCGCCACACGAUGUGAUUUUUCGGGUUUUUGCCGCGUUCGUGCCGCCGGUUUCCAAAAAGUAUCAGAAGGUUUACGUUGAUUUGCAAGGGCCGGUCUUGGCCCUUGUUCUAUUGGCUGCUUUGCUAAAUUAUGGCUACUCGUUUAAACCACGCAAUACGUUUCGCUCGCCGACCGAAACCGUCGUUAUUUACAGCUUAACUAUGCCGCUGUUGGCGUUUUUCGUGUGCAAAAUCGGGCGUUCGUGUAUCACUCUAUCGGAAAUGACCUCUCUAAUCGGGUACGGCUUAUACGGCCACAUUUUCACACUGUUUGUUUCGUUUUUACUGUUUGAGGAAGCCAGCAAUUUUUUCUUCUUCGUGUGUUUGAUCGUCUUUGGCGGGCUAAGCACGCUGCGAAUUGCCUUGGUUGUUUUGGGGACUUUGUUCGUACCAGCGGCACGACUAUUGAUUUGUUCGCUUAUCUCGAUUUGUAAUAUCUUGUUUGUGAUUUUUCUACAUUUUGCCUACAUGCAUCGGACUUUUAUCUCGUAGGAAAUUAACAAAGGAUUGUUACAUAAAAACUCUAAUAAAAUAAAUUACUUUA